AAUAGUUUACAUUUUAUGAACACAGAAUGUAUUUGGGAGGUUUGAAGCCUCCAGAAACAAUACAGUGAAAGAGGAGAAAAGCAGCUCUCGUCACUGAAGACAGCAUUUACGAGCACAGCUUUGUUACCACAGGAUUUAAAGCAACAGAAAAGAAACAAAGUACUCCACCUGCUGCCAGGAAACUGUAAAAUGAAAGGAGGCUUUCUGUCGUGUUGUCAAGCCAUGUGUCUGUCCACCUCCUGAAUAUAAAGUGUCGGCUAUAUAAGCAAUGUUUUGGUGAGGUCGUUCACACCGAGGUUUGAGCUAUUGCCAGAGUUUAAAGGAUUCUCCUCAGCCAAGAGAUAAGUGAACUCGAGUCAGGAAAGUACUCGCGCCGCUGAUGUGAUGUUCCUGUCAUCACCUGCAGAUGAACGCUGAUGGAGACGCGAGCGGUGAACUGGAUGAAAUCCUCCAGCAGAUCGCGGAAUUGGAUAAAUGGAGAGACAUCUUUAACUCCCGCGGGUUGGACUUGCAACAAGGCUAUGUUAAAAGACCUAGCGAGAAGAUCAAAGCUGAUGAGGACAGUGAUGAUUCAUCCAGACCGGCCACCUCGGCCCAUCACGUCAGUGCACCAAACAACCUGUUCGCAGUGCCGUACUCCAUUCCUCAAACCCUCGCAGUGUCUCCAAGUCUGGGUGGGCAACCGGUGUCACCAGAGCUGGCGGUGAAUUUAAGAAGUAUUUUAUUUGGGAACACCUUCCAUAUAUUCAACUACGAGUGGAAGAAAUCAUUCUUCAAGUUUCGUGAGCCUUUUUCUGAUAUGGCAUAUGCUCUGGAGACUGAUAGGGGAGGAGCCAGUGCUAUUCAGAUGGUGGUUCAGGCUCAUAUUAUUAAACGCUUGCUCUUCAACCAGCCAGGGAACUCCAUGUGCACAAUGCAAAGUCUGCUGGAGGUCGGGGAGAAGGAGCAGAGGAGGGCGCUGGCAGCCGCUCUAGCUGACAUCUUGUGGACAGCUGGCGAGGAGCAGACGGCUACCGUCUCCUUGGUCACGUCCGAGCGCUGUUUCACCCCCCACCUCGACUACAAACUCGACAGCUUCACAGAGAGGUUGCAGCUUUUCACCUUUAAAAAGAAAGAUGAUGUUAGAUCUUUUAUAUGUGAGCACAUCCAAUGUUUUAAGGAAGAAGGAAGCCAUGGAAUGAUACUUUUUCUAUACAGCCUUGUCUUCUCCAGGACUAUUGACAGGAUACGAGCAGACUUCGAUUGUACCACCACUCAUCUUUUGCAUUUGAGCUUGGGGAACUUUGUUUGUCGACAGGCUUUAUUAAACCUGCUGUUGACCGGCCGUGCUUCCCCUCAUGUCUUCAAUGGUACGUCACUUAACGAUGAGAAAGACCAACCGCUCGCCCACCCGCUCCACGGGGUUCUGACUCGCAGUCAUGUUGGGUAUCUCUUCUGGAACAGAGAACAAGUCAAGCAUGCACAGCUCCCCCUGGUGGGCAGCAUGCUGAAAACCCCCAGGCUGCCUAUCUGGGUGUGCAACAUCAACGGCACUUACAGUGUUUUGUUCAGCCCAAACCGUUCGUUGCUCUCUGACUGGAAGAUGGAGCAUCUUUUCCAGCUUUACUUCUACAACGGCCAACCGACUCAGCUCAACACAACAGUGCUCACCAUAGAUACACACUCUCAUCACUGGGAGGCUGAAAAUAAAGACAUUCAGGGAGACCUAGAGAAAAAGUUUCCAUCUGUAGAGAUGACCAUUAGGACGAAGUGGGAGGGUGCUGUUAUUGACUGGAAUGGGACCGUGCCUUUUUUCUGAAGAGGUUUGAACCAGGGUUUGCACCUGAUAUCCAGCCCACCUCUCGUUGUAUAUGCUCCUUUAAAAUUCGGGCUUAAUUUGAACUUUUAGUCUUCCCAUUUUACCAUUUAGACAUAUGAACAUUUAACAAAUGUUCAAAACUUAUGUUCCGUAGAUGUCUACCACCUUUCUGGUGUUUAUAUGAUCUUCCUUCCAUACCGUUUUUGUCCUUCAAUCUGGAUCUGAUAUGGGCUGCUAGUAUCAAGUCUCAAGUCAAGUUUCAAGUCAUGAUGGAAAAGGCUUAUGUCUCAAGUUACAGGGUUUAAUCAUUUUAAGUCAAGAUCUUAAUUCAAAGCCUUGCAAAGUAUUUGAUUCCUAUCUGGCAAUAAACGUGUUUAUUUUAUUUGUAUAUAGCUACUGUUUAUGCGCAUCAAUGUUUAUAUGUGAAUAAAAGCCUAAAUUAAUUCGGUUCAGCGUAUAAAGCGAUUGUGUAUCUUCAGAAUAUUUGGACUAAACCACUUAAUUAAUAUGGAUUGGUUUUAUGAUCUCUAUUAACUUUUUUUACAAAGUGGUAGUUGCGUAACUUGCGUAGCUGUCUAUGGAGAGACAUCAAUCGCUUAGAUUUUAGUUAACAUAUCUACAUUUGUGUUAGUUAAGGACCCCUGAUAAAAAGUGUGGCCGAAGAUUGACUAGGUACUACAUAGCUGCAAUAUUAAGAGCAUUAAGUAGCAGUAUUUUAUAACCGUUGAUAUGAAUCAGGGCUGAUAUGAUCAGAUUUUCCUGAAUCUAGUAAUAACUACAGAGGACCUAAGACAGAGCCUUGUAGUACUUCACUUCCAUUUGACAUUAAAUAUAAGAAAUAGUCAAAAUGUUUUGUAAAUGUUCUUCUUUGAUGUAGUUUAUUAUCAAAGGCUAAGUUGACAAUAUGAUAUACACUUAUGACAGAAUUAUAGUGCAU